GAAAGCCCAAAAAUACAAUAUCUGCUAGCGGUCCGUUUGGACUAUUACAGAUCGACAUUUGAUAAGCUCAUAGAUGAUAGCAAUGGGGAGGCAGUGGUCGUGGGGUUGGAAAAAAGAGAGAAGGGGAUGGUGGGAGAUGGGCAUGGUGCCUCUUAGAAUAUUUCCAAGGAGAUAGGUAUCGUGCCUCUUAGAAUAUUUCCAAGGAGAUAGGUAUAGUGCCUCUUAGAAUAUUUCCAAUUUAAUAGAAGGCUCAUCAAAGUGGGGUUUAAACCCAAAAUCAGAACCUAAAAGCUAUCAUUGCCACUCGAGUGCUAUGCUUUAGCAUGUCCUUGCAAAUAUAAACCGCUAGAUUAAGGUUCUGUCCAUCACAAACCCAGCAUAAUUUCGCAGCAGGAUAGGCCAGGAUUUCUUCAAUACCAACAAGAUGUUUCUCUAUGAUAUCUUGUUGUUGUCUCUAAUCUCAGCUUUUGCAAGCAUACUCACUAGGGGAGAUGAAUGGGAACCCUUGGCUCUGUUUGACUUGAAAGCCAGAGUACUCAACGACCCACUUAAAACCAUGAGUUCUUGGAAUGAUUCCACGCAUUUCUGUGACUGGACUGGUGUCACUUGCAAUUCCACCAUUGGAACAGUAGUGGGUUUGGACUUGGAAGCUCGAAACCUGACUGGCUCCAUACCCACUUCUCUGGCAAAUCUCACCCACCUCACUGAAAUCAAAUUAGGAAGCAACAACUUCCAUGGCUCAGUUCCCCAAGAGUUCGGUCGGCUACAGCAAUUGCGUCUUCUCAACUUGUCCAACAACAACUUCGGUGGUGAGAUUCCGACGAAUAUAAGCCAUUGCACUGAGCUCGUUGUUUUGAUACUCAAUGCCAACAGGUUUAUAGGUCAGAUUCCAAACCAGCUAUUAACGUUAACCAAGUUGAAGCAACUAGAGUGUAACUACAACAAUCUCAGCGGAGCUAUCCCAUCUUGGAUAGGGAAUUUUUCCUCCAUGUUUAAUUUGAAUCUGGGGCGGAACAAUUUUCAAGGAAGCAUUCCCAGUGAGCUAGGGAGAUUACCAAGAUUGAAAUUCUUUGAAGUUUAUGAGAACAACUUGACAGGUAAAGUGCCCCCUUCAAUCUACAAUAUAACUUCUCUGGUUGACCUGACACUCACUCAAAAUCGACUUCAAGGAUCUAUACCCCCAAGUAUUGGAUUUACACUUCCCAAUCUUCGGAUCUUCCUAGGUGGUAUGAAUAAUUUUAGUGGGUCUAUUCCUACGUCCUUUGCUAACAUCUCCAAUCUUGAAUUGUUAGAUAUAUCUGAAAAUAGUCUCACUGGAAUGAUACCUCAUGAGUUGGGGAGAUUAAAAGACUUGCGAGUACUCAAUUUUGAUACCAACAGGCUUGGAAGUGGGAAAGCUGGUGAUCUAAAUUUCAUCAGUUUCUUGGUUAAUUGUACUAAUCUAAUGGAUUUGGGUCUAAUUAAGAAUCGUCUUGGAGGAGCACUGCCACCAACCAUUGGAAACCUUUCGGACCGCUUGAUAAGGAUAACCUUGGGUGAAAAUAUGUUAAGUGGAAGCAUUCCUAGUGGGAUUGAAAACCUGAUAAGCUUGCAAAUUCUUGGAAUGGAAUAUAACCAUCUCAACGGUAGAAUCCCUCCCAGUAUUGGGAAGCUUCAGAAUUUGGGUUGGUUGUACUUGGAUGAGAACAACCUAACUGGGCCAAUUCCAUCCUCCAUUGGUAACUUAUCUUCAAUCUCUAGGCUUUACAUAGACCAUAACAGACUCGAGGGAAGUAUACCGCCGAGUUUAGGACGAUGCAAAAGCCUCCAAGCUCUUGAUCUAGCUCAUAACACCCUAACUGGCUCUAUACCCAAGGAAAUUCUUGGCAUCCCUUCCCUUUCAGUUUACUUAGGCUUGGACCAUAACUCACUCACUGGUCCAUUGCCAUCUGAAGUUGGUAACUUGGUUAGUUUGAGUGAACUAUAUGUAUCAGAGAACAAACUGUCUGGUAAUAUACCCAGCAAUGUGGGUAAUUGUAGGAGCAUGGAAAGCUUGUCUCUUGAAGAGAACCAGUUUACUGGAAUUAUUCCUCCAUCUUUCGAAGCUUUGAGAGGUCUGGAAGAACUAGAUCUAUCAGCCAACAACUUGUCUGGGUCAAUUCCCCAAUUUCUUGCCAACCUUCGCUCACUCAAUUACCUCAAUCUAUCCUAUAAUAACUUGGAAGGAAAAGUGCCCAAAGAAGGAGUCUUUUCCAAUUCAACCAUGAUUUUCGUCCUUGGGAAUAAGAAUCUAUGUGAUGGGCUACCGGAAUUGCAUUUACCUCCGUGCAUGCCUAACCAAACACAUUUGUCCAAUAAGCGGUUUCUAGCAUCAAGGGUGUUAAUCCCCAUAGCAUCCGUUGUCACACUCACUGUUAUUUUGGUGUGUACCAUUUUUGUGUGUUUUGUGCUGAAGAAGUCGAGGAAGAAUGGCUCAACUUCAUCUUCUUCAAAGGGGUUUCUACCACAAAUUUCUUACUUGGAACUCAGUAAAUCAACCAAUGGAUUCUCUAUUGAAAAUUUCAUUGGUUCGGGUAGUUUUGGCUCUGUGUAUAAAGGCGUUCUUUCAAAUGAUGGAUCUAUUGUUGCUGUUAAGGUUCUAAAUCUUCAACAACAAGGUGCUUCCAAGAGUUUUGUUGAUGAAUGCAAUGCUCUCUCGAACAUACGACAUCGAAAUCUGCUCAAGAUCAUAACAUCUUGCUCGAGUAUUGAUGUACAGGGCAAUGAAUUUAAAGCUCUAGUCUUCAAUUUCAUGUCCAACGGAAAUCUUGAUUGUUGGCUUCAUCCUGCAAAUCAAGGCCACAACCAAAGAAGGUUGAGUUUCAUUCAAAGAUUGAACGUUGCCAUUGAUAUUGCCUGUGGAUUAGAUUAUCUCCAUAAUCAUUGUGAAAUCCCUAUUGUUCAUUGUGAUCUAAAGCCGAGCAAUAUAUUACUCGACGACGAUAUGGUUGCUCAUGUAGGAGACUUUGGGUUAGCUAGAUUCAUGUUGGAAGGAUCAAAUGACCCAUUAUCCUUCAGCCAAACCAUGUCAAUGGCACUCAAGGGUUCUAUAGGCUACAUCCCUCCAGAGUACGGGACUGAUAGCAGAAUCUCCAUGGAAGGAGAUAUCUUCAGUUACGGAAUACUACUAUUGGAGAUGAUGAUCGGGAAAAGACCCACCGACGACAUGUUUGGGAAUGGAGUGGGUAUCCAUUUGUUGAGUAGAAUGGCAGUACCUCAAGAUGCCAUGGCCAUACUCGAUCCUUGUAUGCUACCUGAAGAAACACGUGAAGAAGAAGAGAAGGAAGAGAGAAUAGAAGAAAUGGUGAUAAUGAGUGAGGAAGAUGGUACAGAAAGGGUACCAAGAUGGAUGGAAGAAUGUGUAGUGUCGAUGCUGAGAAUCGGCAUAUCGUGCUCCUGCAUUGCACCUGCAGACAGAAUGUCAAUGAAUGUUGUCAUCAAUGAAUUGCAAGCAAUUAAAAGCUCCUAUCUCAAGUUUACUAAGCCUCGUCCAAGGUAUCAUAAACAUCAGUUUUCCCGAGCAGGUGGAACAACUCCCAAAGCCGACGAUUCGAUUUUGCUCGUCCUUGCGAAUCCGGCCGUUCUCAGCCGCAACAUGAGGCGCAAUCCGAUUCUGUGUAUACUUUUGUACCAUACAUUUCUGAUAUCCCUGAGCUCGACUUCUGCAAAUGAACCAGAUCGCUUGGCUCUGCUCGACUUCAAAAGCAGAGUACUCAAUGAUCCAUUUGACAUCAUGAGCUCCUGGAACGAUUCCACGCAUUUUUGUGAUUGGGAUGGUGUUACUUGCAAUUCUACCCUCCGGAGAGUUGUAGUUUUGGAGUUGGAAGCUCGAAAAAUUAGUGGCUCUAUACCGACCUCUUUUGGAAAUAUGACUCAUCUCACUGAAAUCAGGUUGGGAGACAACAAAUUCCACGGCCAUAUUCCCCACGAGUUCGGUCGACUUCUACAAUUGCGUCAUCUCAAUUUGUCUUUCAAUAACUUCAGCGGUGAGAUUCCGGCCAAUAUAAGUCAUUGCAGGGAGCUUGUUGUUUUGGAGUUUGGUAUCAAUGGGCUUGUAGGCCACAUUCCACACCAGUUGUUCAUGUUAACCAAGUUAGAACGGCUCGGGUUUGGUGUUAACAAUCUGAUUGGAACUAUCCCACCUUGGAUAGCAAAUUUUUCCUCCCUAUCUCGUAUGUCACUCACAUAUAACAAUUUUCAAGGAAAUAUUCCCGAAGAAUUUGGGCGCCUGACUAGAUUGGAUUUCUUCUCAGUUUCUGUGAACUAUUUGACAGGUACAGUCCCACCUUCAAUCUAUAAUAUAACUUCUUUGACUCAGUUAUAUCUGACUAAUAAUCGACUACAAGGAAAUAUACCACCAACUAUCGGAUUUACACUACCCAACCUUCGAGUCUUCGCCGGUGGUGGUAAUAAUUUCACAGGGCCUAUUCCGACGACGUUUGCUAACGUCUCUGGUCUUCAAGUACUGGAUCUUCCUAAGAACAGUUUCACUGGGAUGCUACCUGAUGAGUUGGGGAGGCUAGAAAGCUUGGAGAGACUCAAUUUUGAAGACAACAGACUUGGAAGUGGAGGGGCUGAUGACUUAAAUUUCAUCAGUUCCUUGGCUAAUUGUACUAGUCUAAAGGGUUUGGGUCUAUCUAGGAAUCGCUUUGGAGGAGCAUUGCCUUCAUCUAUUGGAAACCUUUCGAAGCAGCUCACAGUUCUAAACUUGGGUGGAAAUAUGUUGAGUGGAAGCAUUCCUUCAGGGAUCAUUAACUUGAUUAACUUGCAGAUUUUUGCAGUGGAAUAUAACUAUGGUCUGAAUGGUAGUGUUCCUUCCAAUAUUGGGAAUCUUCAGAACUUGGUGAUGCUUUUGUUGCAAGGUAACAAAUUAAGUGGGUCAAUUCCACCAUCCAUUGGUAACUUGUCUUCGAUCACUAAGCUUUGCAUGAACGAUAACAGGCUCGAGGGAAGUAUACCAACAAGCUUGGGACAAUGCAAAAGCCUCAUAGGUCUUGACUUAUCUGGUAACAGACUUAGCGGCGUUAUACCUAAAGAAGUUCUACGUCUCUCCUCCCUUUCAGUCUACUUGGCCUUGAAUAAUAACUCAUUUACAGGUCCAUUGCCACUUGAAUUGGGUGAAUUAGUUCGUUUAACAUUGUUGGAUGUAUCAAAGAACAGAUUAUCAGGCAACAUUUCAAGCAAUCUUGGUAAAUGUGUAAGCAUGCUUUACUUGGAUUUGAGUGGUAACCAAUUUGAGGGAACAAUUCCUCAAUCGUUAGAAGCUUUGCAAGGCCUAGAAGUACUAAAUCUUUCCAACAACAACCUAUCAGGAUCAAUUCCCCAAUUUCUUGGAAAUCUUCAGUCACUCAAGUAUGUCAAUCUGUCCUAUAAUAACUUUGAGGGAAAAGUGCCCAAAGAAGGAGUUUUUUCCAAUUCAACCAUGAUUUCUGUUCUUGGGAAUAAUAAUCUAUGUGAUGGAUUACAAGAAUUAUAUUUACCUUCGUGCCCCCCUAGCCGAACACAUUCAUCCACCAAGUUGUCAUCACCUAAAGUGUUAAUCCCUGUAGUAUCAACGGUCAUAUUUACUGUUGUUCUUCUAAGCAUCCUUCAUGUGUGUUAUAAGCUCAAGAAGGGAAGGACUAAUGCUUCAACUUCAUCUUCCUUCAUGGAUUUUCUACCACAAAUUUCUUACUUUGAACUCAGUAGAGCAACUGAUAGAUUCUCUGUAGAUAAUUGUAUUGGUUCAGGUAGUUUUGGUUCAGUGUAUAAAGGUAUUCUUUCAAAUGAUGGAUCAGUUGUUGCCAUUAAAGUUCUAAAUCUUCAACAGCAUGGUGCUUCCAAGAGUUUUCUUGAUGAAUGCAAAGCUCUCGCAAGUAUACGACAUCGAAAUCUGCUCAAGAUCAUAACUACUUGCUCAAGCACAGAUGAACAAGGAAAUGAAUUUAAAGCUCUAAUCUACAAUUUCAUGUCCAAUGGAAAUUUAGACGGUUGGCUUCACCCCACAAAUCAUGAACACAAUGAAAGAAGGUUGAGUUUCAUUCAAAGAUUGAACGUUGCAAUUGAUGUUGCCUGUGGAUUGGAUUAUCUCCAUAAUCAUUGUGAAACAUCCAUUGUUCAUUGUGAUCUAAAGCCUAGCAAUAUAUUGCUGGAUGAAGAUAUGGUAGCUCAUAUAGGGGACUUUGGGUUAGCAAAAUUCAUGUUGGAAGGAUCAAAUUACCAAUCCUCUUUCAGUCAAACCAUGUCACUUGCACUUAAGGGCUCUAUCGGAUAUAUCCCUCCAGAGUACGGCAUCGGUGGUAGAAUUUCAAUUGAAGGAGAUAUCUUCAGCUUUGGAAUACUGCUAUUAGAGAUGAUUAUUGGAAAAAGACCCACCGACGACAUGUUCGGCGAUGGUGGGAACAUUCAUGAACUCGCUACAGUGGCGUUGUGUCAAGAUAUGCUAGCCAUAGUUGACCCUUCGUUAUUUGAAGAAUCGUUCCAACAAGAAGAACAGAAUGAAGAUAUAAUGCAAGAAAUCGCAAUAAUGAGUGAGGAAGAUCGUAAGAGAUUCGUACCAAGAUGGAUGGAAGAAUGUGUAAUCUCAGCAACGAAAAUUGGCUUAUCUUGCUCCUCCCAUGUACCUGGUGAGAGAACGCCCAUAAAUGUUGUCAUUAACGAAUUGCAAUCAAUUAAGAACUCCUAUCUCAAGUUUAAGAAGCCAACCCAAAGGUUCCACAGAUAUUUGUUACCCUAA